CCCAUGUGGCGACGCCACAGGGAAGAAAACAGCAAAACACCGAGGAUGGAGAACAAACGAAAGAAAAUUUUGCCUUCCUUUUCGGGAAUGACCAAACCGACAAUGGUAAAACUGGGGAACUCUUUCAAGUGCAGUCUGUGUAAGAAGACUGGGGAUUAUCCUGCUCUUGUGCCACACAUCCAGACCCAUGCAAGAAAUGUAAUGUCAUACAGAGGAGUGCAGAUCUACAGAUGCGGCUUGGAUUGCGCUCAAGCGCCACACCACCACUGCUGUUUCUGCAACAAAACAAUCAUCAACAAGCACUGUUUCCUCAGGCACCUGAAAACAUGUGACGAAGGAAACCUGUCCCCUCAGCGCUCCUUCUCGUGCUCCACACCGCAGAUCACCGCGGUUUUUCACACCAUACCUGGGACCACUAUGUUGCAAGCUGUCACCACCAGCAGCACCAAAGCCACAACUUCCAUAGAACCUGGGAAAUCACAAGGCCCAGCGACGACGCCUUUCAUUCUGCAAGCAGUGCCCUCCUUGUCUCUCCAGACCUCAGUCGCUCCUUCUUCUUCUUCUUCUUCUGCAGCGUUGCCCUCUCAAGCCGCAGCUGCUAAACAAUCCUCAACUGAUGCGUCGUCCUCCGCAAAACAAGCUUCAGAAUCAUCAGACGCGUCCUCCUUGGCAAAACGAGUUUCCACAGAUUCGGCCUCGCCGGAAAAAGAGUCGUCAGACAAGCCAGAGGCAGACGGAUCAUCCUCGCAUCCUCAGCAGCAAAGCCCAUCAUCGUCCGAGUCCCAAGCCGCGGCAUUUAUACCGCCACUCUCGCCGUUGCUCUCCACACCCACGAAGACCAUUCCAUCAUCAUCAUCAUCAUCAUCAUCAAGUCAGCCGCAGCCAACCACAGUCCGGGUCUCCGUUUCCCAGCAACCUCCGACAGCGAUGUCACCCGAGCACGAGGAGCUUGAGGAGUCGGUGCUCUCGAUAUCCGACACCCUGCACCUCCCCACCUCCUCCACCCCGUCGCCACCCCCGAUAGACUCCCUCGUGCCCCUGUUCGCUUCGGAGGAAUGCUCGUCUCCGGCACCCGCCGCCAACGCGGUAUCAUCAUCAUCAUACAGAGAGAAGUCUCGUGAGAGGGUCAAGUGCCCACACUGCCCCACACAGCUCAUCCGCCGCAACCUCAAGGUGCACAUCAACAGGCACCACAAGGACAUCUUGGUGGAGGCCCGGGUGAAGUCGCAGUUCCGCAGCCUCUACGUGGACGCCAAGAACGGGAUCCUGGCGGUGCAGAGGCACACCCACGGCUUCCUGGCGCCUGUCCACGUCCAGAAGGGCAGCCAUGGCGGCGGCAGCAGAGCAGGAGCCGACAUGCAGGGCGAGGGUGAGGGUCAGCUACAGCCACAGGGGCCGCGAUGUGACCUGAGGGCCUGCCAGCAGUUUCAGCAGAUGUCCCUCAAGAUUAAUAUAUUACACUAA